UUUAUUAAUGAAUGAAUUUCAUGAUUUCACCGAGUAAUUCACUGCAUAAACCCCUCCUUCAAUAAAGUGUAAAAACAAGUAACCGUAUUCUCACAGUAAUUCGUUUUCCCUUUUUAUAUUUCUCUUCUCCGCUCCUAUUUCAAUCAUUCCCUUUUUCUUCAUCCUCAUUGCGACGCAUUCACAUUCUCCCACUUCAUCAUCAGGUUUUUUGGAUAUGAAUACUAAGUCGGUUGAAGAUUUGAUGGACUGUUCCUCUGAGGUUCAUUAUUCUGGAUUCCAUAUGGAUGGUUUAGAGCAAAGAAAAGGUGGUACAGAGCAACCAACUACUUCUGCCAUUGACGAGUAUAAACAACCUUUUCUCAUAGGUGUUGCGGGGGGGUCAGCAUCUGGCAAGACAGCUGUUUGUGAUAUGAUCAUUCAGCAGCUUCAUGAUCAGCGGGUUGUACUUGUUAAUCAGGAUUCCUUUUAUCAUAACUUGACUGAGGAGGAACUUAAAAGGGUACAAGACUACAACUUUGAUCAUCCUGAUGCUUUUGAUACGGAGAGAUUGGUAACUGUCAUGGACAAAUUGAAGCAUAGCCAAGCAGUAGAUGUUCCAAAGUAUGAUUUUAAGGGUUACAAGAACAAUGUGUUUCCUGCAAGAAGGGUAAACCCUGCAGAUGUUAUAAUUUUGGAAGGCAUCCUUGUUUUCCAUGAUCCACGUGUCAGGGCCUUGAUGAAUAUGAAGAUAUUUGUUGACACAGAUGCUGAUCUUCGUCUGUCAAGAAGGAUUAAGCGUGAUACUGCCGAUAAUGCACGUAAUAUUGAAGCAGUGCUUGACCAGUAUUCAAAAUUUGUGAAGCCGGCUUUUGAUGACUUUAUCCUUCCUACAAAGAAGUAUGCUGAUAUCAUUAUACCCCGUGGAGGAGAUAAUCAUGUAGCCAUUGAUUUGAUUGUGCAGCAUAUUCGCACAAAGCUUGGUCAGCAUGACCUCUGUAAAAUAUAUCCUAAUUUAUAUGUCAUUCAGUCUACUUUUCAGAUAAGGGGCAUGCACACCCUGAUACGCGAUUCUCAGACAAAGAAACAUGACUUUGUAUUUUAUGCUGACCGUUUGAUUCGUUUGGUUGUAGAACAUGGCCUAGGACAUCUUCCAUUCACAGAAAAGCAAGUAAUCACUCCUACUGGGUCUGUAUACAGUGGUGUGGAUUUUUGUAAGAGGUUGUGUGGUGUCUCCAUUAUCAGGAGUGGGGAAAGCAUGGAGAAUGCUUUGCGAGCAUGCUGUAAAGGUAUCAAGAUUGGUAAAAUUCUUAUUCAUAGAGAAGGUGACAACGGUCAGCAGCUAGUAUAUGAAAAGCUGCCAAAUGAUAUCUCAGAUAGGCAUGUGUUACUGUUGGAUCCUAUUUUAGGCACAGGUAAUUCUGCUGUUCAGGCAAUUUCUUUAAUAUUAAGAAAGGGUGUUCCAGAGUCCAACAUUAUAUUUCUCAACCUCAUAUCAGCACCUCAAGGUCUGCAUAUGGUCUGCAAAAGAUUUCCAAGAAUAAAAAUUGUGACAUCCGAGAUUGACAUUUGUUUAAAUGAAGACUUCAGUGUCAUUCCUGGGAUGGGCGAAUUUGGGGAUCGAUAUUUUGGAACAGAUGAUGACGACGAGCUGGUGGAGAGCCGUUCGCGGUAGUUGGUCUUGGGCAAAAUCCACUAUAUUUUUUGGAGACUUCAGUGGAAAGAAAAAGAUUGGACUUUGCUGAGUUGAGGCUGCCUGUAUCUGAGUGCUAAUUUCGAUUCAAUUUUGAUCAUAAUCCUUGAUUUGCUUUAUUCAAUGACUUAUAGUUGGAACUCUCCAAUACAAAUUUUGUGUUAUCUUUCAUUUUUAUACCUGGAUUUUUCUUUCAACCUAUUCUUUGCCGAUUCUGAUAUGGUACAUGUUCAUGAAUUCCGAGAUUUAUACUAUAUAGAAAGAAUAUAUAAUUUUACUUAA